UCUUGUCCGCCAUUUGCCAGCGGCGCGGCGCCCAGCCGGAGGGGUACGGCAGUGCGAGCGCGGGCUGCGGAGCGGGUCGCAGCCGCCGCCGCCCCGCGGACAGCAGCCGACCUGGCCAGGGAGCCCGCCCCGCCGCGGCAGCCGGCAGCGCAGCGCUCCGCGGGCGGCAGGCGCGGCCCCCGGGCCCCCGCACGGUGCCCGGCCGCGGGCCUCCCGGGGCUCGAGCCCGGCGGCGUCCGCCGCGAUGGCCCUCAAGAUGGUCAAGGGCAGCAUCGACCGCAUGUUCGACAAGAACCUGCAGGACCUCGUGCGCGGCAUCCGCAACCACAAAGAGGACGAGGCAAAAUAUAUCUCUCAGUGCAUCGAUGAAAUCAAGCAGGAGCUGAAGCAGGACAACAUCGCAGUGAAAGCAAACGCGGUCUGCAAGCUGACCUACUUACAGAUGCUGGGAUAUGACAUCAGCUGGGCUGCCUUCAACAUCAUAGAAGUCAUGAGUGCCUCCAAGUUCACGUUCAAGCGGAUCGGCUACCUUGCUGCUUCCCAGUGCUUCCACGAGGGGACCGACGUCAUCAUGCUAACGACCAAUCAGAUCCGAAAGGACCUGAGCAGCCCCAGCCAGUACGACACUGGCGUUGCGCUGACUGGCCUGUCCUGUUUUGUUACCCCAGAUCUUGCCAGAGACUUGGCCAAUGACAUCAUGACACUGAUGUCGCACACCAAGCCAUACAUCCGGAAGAAGGCUGUGCUGAUCAUGUACAAGGUGUUCCUGAAGUACCCUGAGUCGCUGCGCCCCGCUUUCCCCCGCCUGAAGGAGAAGCUGGAGGACCCUGACCCCGGGGUGCAGUCAGCGGCCGUCAACGUCAUCUGCGAGCUGGCCAGGCGCAACCCCAAGAACUACCUGUCCCUCGCCCCGCUCUUCUUCAAGCUGAUGACCUCCUCAACCAACAACUGGGUCCUCAUUAAAAUUAUCAAACUGUUUGGUGCUCUGACCCCCUUGGAGCCAAGGUUGGGCAAGAAGCUGAUCGAGCCUCUCACCAACCUGAUCCAUAGCACGUCUGCCAUGUCCCUUCUCUACGAGUGCGUGAACACGGUCAUUGCAGUGCUCAUUUCGCUGUCCUCUGGCAUGCCUAACCACAGCGCCAGCAUCCAGCUUUGCGUUCAGAAAUUGAGGAUCCUGAUAGAAGACUCCGACCAGAACCUGAAGUACCUGGGGCUGCUGGCCAUGUCCAAGAUCCUGAGAACACACCCCAAGUCCGUGCAGGCCCACAAGGACCUCGUCCUGCAGUGUCUGGACGACAAGGACGAGUCCAUCCGCCUGCGGGCCCUGGACCUCCUGUACGGAAUGGUGUCCAAGAAGAACCUAGUGGAGAUCGUCAAGAAGCUGAUGAGCCACGUGGACAAGGCUGAGGGCACGACGUACCGGGACGAGCUGCUGACGAAGAUCAUCGACAUCUGCAGCCAGUGCAACUACCAGCACAUCACCAACUUCCAGUGGUACAUCAGCGUCCUGGUGGAGCUGACCCGGCUGGAGGGUACCCGCCACGGCCACCUCAUUGCAGCACAGAUGCUGGAUGUGGCCAUCCGCGUGAAGGCCAUCCGCAAGUUCGCCGUGUCGCAGAUGUCCGCGCUGCUCGACCGCGCGCACCUGGUGGCCAGCAGCACCCAGCGCAACGGCAUCUGCGAGGUGCUCUACGCCGCCGCCUGGAUCUGUGGGGAGUUCUCCGAGCACCUGCAGGAGCCCCAGCAGACCCUCGAGGCCAUGCUGCGGCCCAAGGUUACCACCCUGCCCGGCCACAUCCAGGCCGUGUACGUGCAGAAUGUGGUGAAGCUGUACGCGGCCAUCCUGCAGCAGAGGGAGCAGGCCGCGGAGCCGGAGGCAGCCCAGGACGUCACCCAGCUCAUGGUGGAGCGGCUGCCACAGUUUGUGCAGAGCGCGGACCUGGAGGUCCAGGAGCGGGCUUCCUGCGUCUUGCAGCUGGUCAAGCACAUCCAGAAGCUUCAGGCCAAGGAUGUGCCAGUGGCAGAAGAAGUGAGCGCCCUCUUUGCAGGGGAGCUGAAUCCGGUGGCCCCCAAGGCACAGAAGAAAGUUCCAGUUCCUGAAGGCCUGGACCUGGACGCUUGGAUCAACGAGCCGCCCUCGGACAGCGAGUCCGAGGACGAGAAGCCCAAGGCCAUCUUCCAUGAGGAGGAGCAGCGCCACGUCAAGCAGCGGCAGCCGGAGGCUGACGAGGAGGAGCUGGCCCGGCGUCGAGAAGCCCGGAAGCAGGAACAGGCCAACAACCCGUUCUACAUCAAGAGUUCCCCAUCCCCCCAGAAGCGGUACCAGGACCUGCCAGGCGUGGAACACAUACCGGUGGUGCAGAUAGACCUGUCGGUGCCCCUGAAGGUGCCAGGGAUGCCCGUGUCGGACCAGUACGUGAAGCUGGAGGAGGAGCGGAGGCACCGCCAGAGGCUGGAGAAGGACAGGAAGAAGAAAAAGAAGAAGGACAAGGAAAAAAAGGGCAAGCCACGGCGCCACGGCUCAUUGCACACGGAGAGCGAUGAGGACAUCACCCCAGCACAGCAGGUGGACAUUGUCACCGAGGAGAUGCCUGAGAACGCUCUGCCUAGUGACGAGGAUGACAAAGACCCCAACGACCCCUAUAGGGCCCUGGACAUCGACCUGGACAGGCCCCUAGCCGACAGCGAGAAGCUGCCUGUCCAGAAACACAGAAAUGCAGACACCUCUAAGUCUCCGGAGAAAGAGGAUGUCCCCGUCACGGAAAAGAAGAUCAAGAAGCUCAAGAAAAAGGAGAAGAAGCACAAGGAGAAGGAACGUGAGAAGAAGAAAGGGAAGGAGGAGGAGAAGGUGGGCGAGGACUUAGACUUCUGGCUGUCCACCACGCCGCUGCCUGCCGUGCCCCCGGCCCCAGUAAGAGCCCCGCACGGUCCUCCACAGGAAGAGCCCGGAGUGAACGCCAUCAUUGCUGCCGCUCAGGAAGAGGGUGAGGAGGCCAGGAGAGAGGAGCCGGCUGACGAGGACGACGAUGAGCGGGACCCCGAGAAGAAACCUUCUAAGCAUAAGAAGAAGAAGCACAAGAAGGAGAAGGAGGAGAGAUCAAAAGACAAGAAGAAACCCAAGAAGAAAAAGCCUGCCAGCGACGGGGCAGCAGAGCCCGUGGAGAAUGGCGCUCUCGACGAGGACCCUCUCCCGCCCAUGACCAGCUACUGCCUCCUGGCUGAAAAUGCCUACAUCAAAAUGACAUAUGACAUCCAGGGCAGCUUGCAGAAGGACAGCCAGGUCACUGUGUCCGUCGUCCUGGAGAAUCAGAGCAGCAGCUUCCUGAAGAACAUGGAGCUCAGCGUGCUGGACUCGCUCAACACCAAACUGGCCCGGCCCGAGGGCUCCUCUGUCCACGACGGGGUCCCCGUGCCUUUCCAGUUGCCCCCAGGCGUCUCCAACGAGGCCCAGUUUGUGUUCACCGUCCGGAGCAUCGUCACGGCCCAGAAGCUCAAGGGGACCUUGUCCUUCAUUGCCAAGAACGAUGAGGGCUCGACCCACGAGAAGCUGGACUUCCAGCUGCACUUCAGCUGCACCUCGUACUUGGUCACGACGCCCUGCUACAGUGAUGCCUUUGCCAAGUUGUUGGAGUCUGGGGACCUGAGCAUGAGCUCAGUCAAAGUUGAUGGCAUUAGUAUGUCCUUCCAGAAUCUUCUGGCAAAAAUCUGUUUUCAUCACCAUUUUUCUGUGGUGGAGAGAGUGGACUCCUGCGCCUCCAUGUACAGCCGCUCCAUCCAGGGCCACCACGUCUGCCUCCUGGUGAAGAAGGGGGAGAAGUCCGUUUCCGUGGACGGGAAGUGCAGUGACGCGGCGCUGCUGGGCAGCUUGCUGGAGGAGAUGAAGGCCACACUGGCCCAGUGCUGAGCCGCCGAGGCCUCGCCCUCGCUGGGACGGGGCGCUCCUGUUGGCCGGGCGAGGUGACGCGUCACGUUGAUGUAUCCUGUCGGCGUUUUUACUUUGACUCUUUGCACUCUUUGGGGGAAGCGCUGAGGCACCCCCCUCGGGCAGGGCCUGCGGUAGCGAGGCCGCCCGGGUAGCAGAUGGAACCGCCGUUCGGGCUGCGGGUACGCCAUGGACGGCGCCCAGUGGUAUAUCCUGCUCCCAGGAGGCCAUCCGAGUCCCCCGGGUGCCCUGCCCGCGGGCACCUGCUCACUGCAGAGACACUCCUCACCCUCCCAGCCGUGGGUCAAGACACUUGCUGGCCAGAGGGUCGUGUAGGCUGCUGUCCGUCAUGUUCUUUACGUCCCACCACGUGUUCGUGUGUCGGACCGGGGGGCUGCCACCCACGGUGGGGGUCCGGUCGGAAAUCCCAGUGGCGCCGGACCCAGACCCUACUGGUUCACAGUGUCCCCUGUACGGAGCUAUGUGUCUGUCGGCAGUGUUUGGUGAGUGGUGGGGCCGUUGGGGAUUCCAGGUCCUUCCCGUCGCUGAACGCUCCGCUGCCAGGAAGGCGGACUCCUGGGGUGGCCCGGCCCCGGACCAUAGCCCACGGAGCGAGGCACGGAGACCCCCACCUGUGAGGCGCGCUGACUUGGGGCGGGGUGGGAGGGUGGACAGUCCUUGCUGACGUAGCUUCCUCCUGAUGCCCCGGUCACUUUAGCAUGUAGAGUAACCUCUUCCGGAAUCCUGUGCCGUGGCGCUAGAACGUCAGCACUGUGUGACGUGUCAUGUAAGGGUCGAUUUGCUGUCGACAUUCCCAGGUAGAGGAGAGAGACGUAUCACGCUGCUGUAAUGAUUUUGUGUCAAGAUGAUCCAAUAAACUUGUGAAACAGAC